CAGUUCGAGUUCUUCAGUCGAUGACUCCGUUUGUGUACUUGGUGGUCUUCGGGUCGGUUUUAAAGAAAUUUUUGUCCAUUUGAGAUCUAGCGAUUGUGUGUGCUUUGCGAGAUGAAGAAGAACAAUAUAUAGAUAUCCACUAAAGAAAUAGAAGUUCUAUUGCAAAAUUAUCAGAUUAUCUGCAAUAAGUGCUUUCUAGAAGUGUUGUCCAUUUGGGCGAGAUCGUCGUUUUCGAAAUCCACUUUAACCUACUUCCAGCGGUUUAGCCAAGAGAGAAAAAGCCGUGAGUGAGAAAGGGGCUUAAUUGAAGCGUACACGGGAAAAAGUUGAUAAGUAGUUGAGCAAGAGAUUUUUUCAGUUGAUAUUUUAACACUAUUGAGGGUUCACGAGUGUCUCCAAAUUUUGUUGAAAAUUUCUGUGCUUAGCAAUAUAUAUAUUCUUCUGGGUUGAAUUUUCCCAGCAUCAAAAGAGACCAUCAUCAUCAAUUUCCAACGUCUUGGAUCACCAUCUGGCUAUUUACCAAGAAGUGACAGUAACAGUUAUACGCACCUCACCUGUGAAUCUGUGAAACGGUUAUUUCGAGAGUUUCUUCGUGUGAUUUUACUCCAUUAGCAAAAUCAUCAUAUUGAGAUUCAUCGGGCAGUCUCAGGAGAAGAUGACACUGUAGUGAGGAAAAAAGCAGGGUGCAAUAAGAGCAAUUGCCCAAUAAUGUCAUCAACAUCAUCAUCUACAUGUCCGUGUUUCGUGCAGAACGCAUGGAAGAAAGAUCUCUGUUCCAACUGCUUCAAGUCCAAGGAUGAGCACACUAAUUUGUCCACGAUGAAAUCAAUUAAGAUUCCACCGUUGAACGGAACACCACCCAAGGGGAUAAUGCGACCAAUUGGUGGGAAACGCAAGAAGAAUAAGGUGAGCUUUCCGAAAGAGCUGAGUCAGGUGAUUGGAUUUGGUGGAGAUUGGAUAGAUUCGGACACGGAUUCAGAUGCUGAGACAUUGGACAGUCCUGUACAGAGUGAGGAUCACUCACCAGUAUACGAUGACAAUGAUCAUGAUCUUCAGCGCCUUACUAAAACCAAUACUGACUUCAAUAUGAACAAUGGGAAUCUUUUGGGGGAUCCUGAGGUGAAUAUCAAGAGAUCAUUUGCUGCUCUAAAGCUGGGAACACCUCAGCGCGAUAGUGAUGGCAAAAAGCAAACCCUGAAAAUUUCAGUAACACCAUUCAGUGCAUCAAAUAAAGUUAAUGAGAUUAAACAACUAUUUGGCUCAUCCAAGAUGACUGAGAAAAAAACCGACACCACAAACAUUAUCAUCAAGACAACACCUAAAAAAUCAGAAGAUGAUGAUACACCUGCCAUUGUGUCAGUAUCGGAAAAAUCUCUACUUGAGGAGAUCUCAGAGACAUUGGAGAAAAAUGAAUUUGGGAAGGAAACUUCCAACUUGUUGCAAAAUAAGAAGGAGGAAGCUAAUUACAAAUCCUCAGAUUUAUCUGUGAGACUGGAGAUUAAGAAUUCGCUAAAUAAGGUGCUAGGUGAUAACAAACGCCCAAUUUCUCGUCAUGUACCUGUGGCUAAAGAUCAACCCAAACCACGUGUGCCUAUUUAUGCCAAGACCACCGAUACAGACAGCAAUUCGUCGGAUGUUGAGAAUGGCAUAUCUGAGUACUAUGAUGUUGUGGAGACUACAACAGUAUCAUCUGGCAGCUACGAAAAUGUCCCAGAUGGCGAGGAGGGUGUUAAGGUAACAGUGACCGAGGACAAGAAAAAGACUUCCGGUGAAGUGAAAGCCCAUGCUCCAAGUCGCACCUCCUUCUUCUCUAGUCAAUUUAUCACGGACAUGUGUCUUUCCACAAAACCCGUAUCGCAGCAUCUCAAGAAGCGUUCUGAGAUGUACAAUCUGUCGGAUGGAAGCUACAUCACUGGGAAAAUUACAUCAGAUGGAUUGAUAGUAACCAAAACAUCUUCAGAAGAUGCCCUAGACUCCACUGGAUCAAGCUUCGACAGCAGCAGUGACGAAGAGAUGUCUUCAAUCAACCGCAGUGAGUCCGACAGUGGAAUUGUGGCGAAUGAGUAUCAAAAUGUUGAGGCAGAGUCUCGUCUGGAUGUACGAACUACUCCCACAACAUCUUCCGGAACUACAACCACACCAUCUUCCACGGAUUAUGAGGUGAUUGAAGUCCAAGGAGAAUCUGGACGAGAUGAUGUGUUUAGUGUUGAAAAGAGCCGAGAAUUGGCCGGUGAACCCGAUGGUAGUUCAGAUCCGGACGUUAAUGGUGAAGCCCCUGCUCUGCCCACGUCACCACCGCCCAAUGUUGAACCACGUUCGCUAUUUUUGCACAGCCUGCAGAAGCACUUGGCAAUGGAGAAGCCAAAAGUGCCAAGUAAACCGGCCGUGAAUGUUGUCAAGACUUUCACGAAGAAGCCUCAAGCGAGUGUAGCACAGCAGCAGGUCAUUCUCCAGCUACAAUCAGUCAUAAAGUCGCCAGAGGAGAAAGCUACACUUGCAAAGCAGGACAGCAGUGACCCCGGAAAAGUACCCAAGAAGGGUAGAGCACCUAAUCCACCGCCAUCUCCUGUGAGUGAGACCAAAAAAGAUGCUGCCAGAAUCACCAAAAUGACUCCCAAAAAGGAUAUCAUUGAACCCACAAAAAUUGAAGAGCCCGCCAAAAGUACAGAUUGCCAGAAAGUUCUGCCAAUGGAACAAUCUCCAACACUCUACACGAGAAAUCCCUCAGCUGCCCUCAAAUCCACAAGUCCUGUGGUCCGAGAGAAGGACAAGCGUGAACGUGCCACAAUUAAUCCCAAAUUUCGCAGUCUUAACUCUCUAAAUUCCCACAACUAUUACAAUGAGAAACAACGGCCAUCAACCCCUGAACCUGCACCAAGGAAGAGUUUGUCCCUAUCACAGGACAAUUUGCUGAUGGAUAAGCCCAAAAAGGCCAAAUUCUCCAUUAGAAAAUUCCUCAGAAUGGGCUCCAGUAAGACUCUCGAAGACGCUGGUACAAAGAGAAGUGGGAUUUAUGAAGAACUCCCAGGAACUGCCAUGCAGACAAAACCACGCCUGGUCAUCAUACAUCCCAUUGAUAUCAACACAUCUGGAGUUGAAGUUGUGAAAGAUACAUCGAAGAUGGGAAUAAAAGAUGAGUCCAAGAAUAAUAUAGUGACCGGUAAGCCGCCGGCUCCACCACAGAGAACUGUUGAAAUAAGCAAACCUGCCCGUCCUCCGCCACCAAAGAGUGCUGAAUUGAUACGGAAGCAACAACAGCAUUUGGAAAUGAAUUUGGAUAAAACAGACAGCGUGAAGCAGCGAGUUGACAAUGUGUAUGCCAAUCUGGGUGAGGUGAGGUCCUCCAUGGCACCAAGGAAGCCCGAGAGGACGGCCAGUAUGAGAGAAAGGGAGGCUCAGUUGGAAUUGGCCAGGCGACGCACACCGAGAAAACAUCAAGAAUACCCAGAUACAGCUUCAGAUAUUUCUUCAUCCAGCAUUUCCCGUGAUACACAGGGCACUAAUCUCUCGCGAUCGGUCAGUGAUGCCUCGGAAAUAUCGGCAGAUGGUAAAACACCAUCGAAAGAUGGCAAAAACUCUGAAUCCGAUAGCGUGGAAAAUAAAGCAAAAGUGAAAGAAGUCACAGAGAAUGAACACAAUAGUGAAAUUGUGCAGCACAAAUCUUCAGGUCAGCAGACACUUGCAUCUUCAGCGUCGGCCACCACUCAUGGGGACACCAUUAAUGAGCGGAAGCGGCGACUGCUUGAGAUUGAUCAACACAACAUUUCCAGUAAAGUGGAGAUGUUCGAGAGGACUAUCAGUGAUGCGAGACCCAAACAAAAUCUCGACAUAAAGAGCUCAGUCCAGAAGAUGUCCAACACCAUCGACAACUAUUUGAAGGAUCGAAUGAGCUUGUCUGAAGGAAAUAUUGCCGAAAAUCAUUCAAUCUACACAACUGAGAAGCAUCCGGUGAAAACAACCGUUGAAAUACGCAACAAUGACAUUGAACUGCGAGCAUAUGAGCCAAUCAUGGUGAAGCAGGACCGCGUGAGUCUCCCGGCAAUUUGCAGUGAUGAACGCACAUCAAUUUACGGUGGAUCGGUGGCAUCGUAUCGCUUGAGCCUAGAUACACCUCAGAAAUUCCAUCCAAGCAAUAGUUUAGCAAACCUGCCCCGAACUGUUUCCAUGUCUUAUUGCGGAUCGGAAAUGGGAGAAUCGGAAAUCUAUUCACCAUACAGCUUCUGCGGGGGAAGUGAAGCUGGGGGAGAUGUAGCCAUGGGUGAUCCUCAAGAUGGAUGGUCAAGCCAAGCGAAUGCCAAAUCGCGACAAAUGAAGACAACCAAUCGACUUAGAAUGAGGAAAGGACGAAGUGUUGUGCACAAGAACCUGGAAGACAAUUAUGGAGCAGUUGUUGUGGCAAAUCAUGAGGCUCUGGCACAAGUUCUCGAUCAGCUGCAGCAAUCACCUCCCAUUCCAAUUAUCUUGCGUCCCUUGGCCAAUUCGAUGAACUUGCGCUUCGACGAAUUCUCCAUCGUUGAGGGAGGUCGAGCCGUGGUGAUCGGACGAAGAGCCUUCCACGCUGCCAUGUGGGCCCCCAAUCAAACGCCUGUCACCCUAGCCCUCACUGCUGAUUGCAAUCAAAUGUCUGGAGUGGCUGGAGAAUUGAAACAAUUGUCAGGAGCCGCUAGUGGAGCCCUCAAUCCCAUCACAGAAUUCUGUGACCUUGUACCCAGCAACUUUCUGCCUCUAAUGCCCAGCAUUCAAAUCCGACUAGUACAAGCCUCAAUCUCAGUCCUUCCUCGGAUGCUAGUAGAUACCCUUAUGUCAUUGGGAUCAAUUCUCAAGUCCAAGGUGGACAAUCAGAAGGCAUCCCGAACGGCAUUUGGUGGUUCAAUUCCCAAUCUGUCCACGGCUAAGGACUCCGUCCAAAUGCCCGUACGUGGUUCCGUGCAAAAUCUUUCAGUACUCAAUGAGGACGACACGGAGGAAUGUGAAUUGGACUCUAUCGUCAGUGCCCUGACACCCAAUCCAACAGGCCUAUGUAACACAUCCGAUGAGAUUCUUUGUCGUGAAGUGGGUUUUGUAAUGCUACAAUUGAUCAAUGGCCUUAAAAAUCUUCAAGCGAAGGGCAUUGAGGAGAUGCCUCUGACGCUCUCAAACGUCAUCCUUUGCAAGGAAGUGGACAACAAAGAGGCUCAGGCGAGACUCUGUGUCCUGCAAAGUCUUUCAUCAGAUGCUUCUCGCGAUGAGGAUGAUGCCAUGGGGACACUGUGUCAGUGCGCUCAAGUUGCUCUCACUCAAAUGCUCCCUGCCACAAAAUUGACACCCAUUCUGGCAGAUAUUUUAAGUCAGGAACGCUCAGAGACUCUCUCCAAGACCAAAUCCAUCUUAGAAUUUGCACUAUGGGGUCCGUCUGAUGUGACACUGACGGGAGCGCCCAGGGAAAGGGAACUGGCCCUCCAACGAUGGCUCGAUCUAGAGCGUGCCACUGUCCUGCAUGGUCUUGUUAGGAGCAGAGUAGAGCUUACGGUGUACGAUGAAUGUCACCUUAUGUUCCUCGUACGAUCCAAUGCAAAAAUCAUGAGUGAAGCAGCUGCCCUUCUUCACAAUUUCAAUAAACUUGAUCCAAGAUAGACAUGAGAAUUAAGGGAACUUGUAAAAUAAAUUAUAAAUUACAUUUUAUUAUUUUUACUUAUUCCCCCUCCCCCCCUAAAAUUUCAAAUGACCAGAAGAAAUAUACUUUGUUAAAUUAUUUACUGGUGACUUUUUUUUAUUAUAAUUAUCUCCCUACUCAUCCAUAAUUAUUUUGUACUACAUUACAUAACAUGAAUUAUCCAAAAGAUUAAGAAGUCUAUUAUUAAUAAUUAUAAAAAUUAUAUUGUGUAGAAAAUUGAAAUUAAACAAUAAAAUUAUUAUUGAAAAACUGAA